AUGGAUACUACCUUUGAAAAUGUUAGGCAAUGGAAAAGUGAUCAAGUUUCUAAUUGGUUGCAAGAAAAUAAUUUUAAGGAAUACCAAAAACUUUUUACCGAAAAUGACAUUAAUGGAGAUGUGCUUUUAGAACUUGAUCAUGAAAUUUUAAAAGAGUUAAAGAUCUGGUCUAUUGGUGAUCGACUUAGGCUCUUGGCUGCUGUGAGGUCUUUACUGAAACUUUGUGCCGGAAAUAAUUUACAUUAUUAUUCCAUAAAUAAAUAUGCUAAAGAACCAAUUUCACCUGAAACUGACAAGUUUCCAAUUACUCUAUCGAGAUCAAACUCAAAUGCUCGUACACGAGCAAGAUCAAAUUCUACUAAUCGUGGGCAUUAUUCUCCGAGCUUACCUUCGCAACAGGAAGCUAAUAUAAUGCCUAUCGAGAGUAUCAAGCAGAGUGUCAUUAAAGUUUAUGGAGAAGAAAGUCAAACGCGAACUAUUUCUUUAAACAAUAUCAUUGAUGCUAACUUUAUUUUAAAACGUAUCUUACAAAAAUUUAAUAUGAAUGAAGAAGACGUCGAAAAUUAUUCAUUAUUCGCCACUCUGUGUGAUACUGGCGAAACAAGAAGUCUAACUGAUGAAGAAAUAGUUGAAAUAUGUAAUAAUGCUGAUAGACCAGAACGUGAAAGGCUUACUUUGCGAAAGAAACAUCUUCCAAUGAGUUUUGAUCAGUCAAAAAAACAAAAAAAAGAUUUAGAAAAAUUUUUUGGUGAAAAACCACCAAGUAAUCCACAAGUUGGAAUCUCACAAAAGAAAUUAAGGGAUUUCUUUGGUCAACGUCCUCCUUCUGAAUUAAUUCAAUUAAAUUUGACGGAAUACUUCCCUGGUCAUAAUAGUGAAGAGCUUGAACGCAGUGUUGCUAGAAGUUCUAUUUAUAGAAGAGUGUCAAGAGUUUCUGCAGCUUCUAAAUUUUCGGUGCAAAAAUCGAAGCAUACAUCUAAAUCAUAUGAUGAUAAUGAUAAUUACGAUAGAUCAAAUACUGUCACUACUUCUAAUUAUAAUAGUGAUAGAUCAAGUACAAUAUUGGCUCCUUCGGUGAGUUCUAGCACAGCCAUUCAAGAAGAACAAGAGGAAGAACUUGACUACUUUCAAGAUUUUGAUUAUGAGGACGAUGAGUAUUUUAUGUCUGAUCCAGAAGAUGUCGAAGAGAAUUCAAACCUUAAAUGGAUAAAAGGUAACCUUAUAGGCAUGGGUUCUUUUGGUAGUGUAUAUCUUGGACUUAACGCUUUUACUGGAGAAUUCAUGGCAGUUAAGCAAGUGGAAUUACCUACCGAAAAUUCUUCAAAUAAUGAACGUAAAAAAUCUAUGUUGGAUGCUCUACAAAGAGAAAUUGCACUCUUAGAAGAACUGCAUCAUGAAAAUAUUGUGCAAUAUCUUGGUUCACAGCUUGAUGAGGGAACAUUUAAUAUUUUCUUGGAAUAUGUGCCUGGUGGAUCGGUAGCUUCAAUGCUUAAUCUCUUUGGCCCAUUAGAAGAAAAUUUGAUUCGAUCAUAUGUUAGACAAAUUUUGCAAGGACUGAAUUAUUUGCACGAAAAAGACAUUAUACAUAGAGAUAUUAAAGGAGCUAACAUUUUAGUGGAUAAUAAAGGAGUAAUCAAAAUAUCAGACUUUGGGUUAUCAAAAAAAGUUGAUCAAUUUAACCAGACACAAGCGAUGUUUAAGAUUGGACUACAAUCUUGUACGCCUAAAAUUCCGGAUGCUAUUUCCACAGAGGCACAGGAUUUCUUGAGCAAAACAUUUGAACCAAAUCAAGAUGAUCGACCAACUGCUAAAGGACUUUUAACCCAUCUAUUUGCUGUUACGAAUAACAAUAAUUCAUAG